AAUACAUUUGAUCCUUCAUGUUUCAAAAUUUCAUUAUUUUUAGCCAUUUUCGUCAAUUUUCCGUCAAUAGUAACAGAAUCAAGCUUGUGUCCUUCACUUCUCUGUCUUAACUGAAGGACUAACAGACUAACAAUAAACUGACGGAAAUGACCAAAAUUAUUGAAUUAUUAAAAUAUGAAGGACUAAAUGAAUUUUUCCUAAACAUAACGGACCAAAUGUGAAAUUAGUGCAAACUUAAGGGAUGAAAACUGUAUUUUCCACACAAUAUUUCUACAUUUCAUAAGAACAUUGAAUUUGAGCCUUAAACCCCAUCUCUCUCUCUCUCUAAAACCCCAGCCUCAAUUCUAUCGAGGAGAAGUAUAACUGUCCACAAUUAGCUGUUAUCAUGUCAUUUUCCGAUCGUCAAUUGUCAAAAUUGGCAUCGAAUCCGAGAGUAUGGGUGGUGAUCGGCGUCGGCCUCGCCGGAAUUUUAGUCCUCGCGGAGGUCCAACGGCGCCGGAUCAGAGCCAAGAGUUCCGUGAACGAAGAUUUCGGAGCUUUCGUCGCCCGCUUUGAGCUUCUCCCGUUUCCUCAGCCGCCGCCUCCGGCGGCUCGCCUCCCCCUCUCCGGCCUCACCUUCGCCAUCAGCGACAACAUUGAUGUAAAAAACUAUGUGACUGGAUAUGGAAGUACGUAUUGGAAGAGGACUCAUAAAGCAGCCGAGAUAACUGCUAUGGCGGUAACAACCAUGCUAAGAAACGGCUCGACCUGCAAGGGCAAGACUGUCAUGGAUGAACUUGGUUUCGGGAUAUUAGGGGAAAAUAGAAGUUAUGGAACUCCAAUAAAUCCACAAAAGCCAUCUCAUGUUCCAGGAGGUUCGUCUAGUGGAUCAGCAGCAGCUGUUGCAGCCCAUCUUGUGGAUUUUGCUCUUGGUACAGAUACAACUGGUUGUAUAAGAUUACCAUCAUCAUUUUGUGGUAUUCUUGGAUUCAGACCAUCUCAUGGUGUUGUAUCUACAAUUGGUGUUCUGCCAAACUCUCAAAGUCUAGACACCGUCGGUUGCUUGGCAUCUGAUCCAUCUGUUUUGCAUCGUGUCGGACAUGUUCUACUCCAGUUAAAUUUCCUGGAACCUAAAAAGACGAGGAGCAUAAUUAUAGCUGAUGAUCUUUUCCAGCUUUCUAAGGUCCCAAUUCAGAAGACUGUUCAUGUUGUAAGAAAAGCAACAGAGAAGUUAUCUGGCUACAAAACACCAAAGCAUAUGAAUUUUGGGAACUAUAUUGCUUCAAACGUGCCUAGCCUGAAAAGAUUUUGUGAAGAAUCAAGAAAUCAGCAAAAUGGAAUAUCAACUAUGAAAGCACUGUCUUCUGUAAUGCUUAUACUACAAAGAUACGAAUUCAAAACAAAUCAUGAAGAGUGGAUUAGAUCAGUGAAACCUAAACUAGGUUUUGAUAUCUCGAAUCGUGUUUGGGCAGCAAUAAACACAACCCAAGAGAAUGUCAAGAGUUUAUAUAAAGUUAGAACAGAAAUGAGAGCUGCUCUACAAAGUUUAUUGAAGGAUGACGGGAUAUUAGUAAUUCCUACAGUAGCUGAUCCUCCGAUCAAACUGAACACAAAAAAAGGUCUUUUUACGGAAGUCUAUGACAGAAUUCAUGCAUUGUUGAGCAUUGCUAGUUUGUCUGGAGGAUGUCAGGUUGCCGUUCCAUUUGGAAGCCAUGACGGCUGUCCGAUUUCUGUAUCGUUUAUUGCAUCUCACGGAGCUGAUAAAUUCCUACUUGAUACCGUCUUGGAUAUGUAUUCUUCUCUUCAAGAAGAAGUCGGCACCCUUCAAUUACCAUAUAAUACCAAUGGUACCAUAGAUGCCGCUGAGCUUUUAAAGGAAAAGAAGUGGAGAAAUUAAAACCUGGAAAAUCUUGCGACGAAGAGCUCUACGAAAGCCAGCACCGACACAGCUCACCUUUUCUUCUUGAUUUAGUGACUGAUGCAUAUGAUCAAGAAUCCCUUGUGGCAAAUCGAGAACCGUUCCACUGUGGCAAGAAUCUAUUAUGGCAUGGAGUGUGACCCCACGGAUCAACGGCCGAACGAGUGUUGUGUUGAUGUAGUUGUCCAAAAUCAUUCCAUUUGUCUGAAAAUCUAGCGGGCAGAUUGUCUCAUCGUAGCCGUCGAUCUCAUCUCCGUGGAGUCCACGUUGUCUUAAUCCAUGGCCCGAGAAGUAGAACACUAACGAGUCACCAGGCUGAAUGCCCCUCAUUAGCCAUUGGAAACCGUCUUCUAUGUUCUUCCUCGUUGGAGGCGAAUAUCGCUCUUUCUCUGCAAUUUUUUUAUUUUUUUUAUAUUUUGUUUCUUCAAUCAUCAAUAUAUACAAUUAUCUUCUU